UACACUGUUGCGUUUAGUGCUGCUUAAGAUCUUUUAUCUUCCAGCAUUAAUUUAUUAACGUAAGCUUAAAUAUUGAUAGAAACGAUACCCUUGAGAAGAGACAUUGUACUUCGCUUCCAAUCAUUUUGGCGAGCAUGGUGGACGUGUUCUUACUCAAUAUUCAAUAACCGACCACGUUGUAACGCCGCCAUUUUUGCUGCUUCGGAUACGUGGGAACGCGAAAUCAAAUGUGUGAGCCGAGCUGGAGGAGUUGGAACAGAAGGGUAUUUGGAGUUACAAAAGAAAAUGAAAUGGCCACCAACAAGACAUACAAAAGUGAGACAAAACAAAAAAAGGUGUAUGUAAUAAUAGUCUGGGAAAAAGAGAUCUGCCCCCUGAGGAGCUGAUGGAUGUUUCCGUGUAUGGCCCGUGCGUUUGUAAUAGAUGUAACAAGAGACGGGGAUAUAAGGCCGAGACAGACGCACUACAUCCAGCAAUUGAAGAUGAUAUGUACUCGCAACAGAAAAAUGAAGAAGAUAAGAAAAAAGAACUCUGAUCAAUUUUUUAUUGUAUGGACAGUCUCGAUAGCCUCUGACAUGUUCUAUGAUUAUCUUUUUCUAGUUCGCUAUUGUACGGCGUCUCCUUUUUCCUACACGUUUGGCGAAUUGUGGACGUCCAGCAAUCCAUUUCCGUGAUGCUGCAGCCGUUGAUUCGAUCGUGGAGGAUCUAAUGUCCAUCUCGUCGAUAAACACGAUUCGAUUUUGAGCUGUGCAACCGAGCCGAGUUUAUUUCAGCAUUGAAAAACAAAACACAAAGGGGACCUAUUCAGUUAAACGUCGGGUCAAGUUCGGUUCAGAGUUUUGGUCUUACCCUCCUCCUCCCCCCCCCCCCCACAUCGAUUCAAAUUUGUUGUGCAAAAAGUAAAAGUUUAGAGCCUUCCAGAAAAAAAAAGACAAACUUUUGACGCUUUGUGAUGUGCCGAUCAACUGAUACAGCGAAAAGUUGAUCUCACGCUCGACUAGAUUUCGGGAGCAUCCAAAUAAGUCCCUCUGCCCGCUUCAUAGUUGCAAACGAAAAAAAAAAAAAAGGAAUUUCUACUUUCCUCGCGAGGAUGAAAAAUUGUACAAUUUAAACGCGCGAUAAGUCAGCAGUCCUGCAAGAUUCGCAUUUGCCUUUAAAAAAAACAAAAAAACAAAAAGACUCUCGGCCCGACGUUCAUCAAAAGAGAGGAAUGUGUCUGCGAUUAGGACGAGCUUAUGAUGUCCGCUGAUUAAUUGUCUCCUUUAGCCCCGGACGUCGUGAGGGAUUUUGAAACGGUUACAACAAACUACCGAGAAGGACGGGCUUUCAUUUCGAGUUGGACGGCUGGAAUAGAAAAAUUGCUUUUGCUGGAGCGCAUGCGCGCAGUUCUUGGGAUGGUUGAUGCCGUUUGUUAUAGCGCUCAAUGCCGACGAAGGAGCGAUAGGCUAGAGAAGAAAAUGGGGGGAAAACCGAUUGCCCAUGACACACACGCACACACGCGCACACGGAUAAUGUGGAAGUAUAGAAGGGGGGGAGAAGUAUAAGAAUCUGGAUAUGCCAAAGCCGGUAAACGGGCUCAGUUCAUGUCCGGCUCAACUCUCGAUAGGAUUGUUCCGUUAAAACCUUUGGGGUCUGUCUGUCGUGUCUGUUGUUUAAUGCGCUGGGAUGCGAGAGAACUAUGUCAGUUGAUGGCCAUCAUUUAAAUAUUUUUCUUUUUCGUGUGGCAGCAGCAGCAGCAGCAUCAGUUGCGGCUUGUUUGCGCUGUGUUGGAUUUGUUUGGCCGGAUGUCAUUUGCAUGUGACACUUAGAUCGGACAGAGAAUGAUGCCGAACGGCUGAAUAAUUUGCCGGAUUCAGUGAACUCUUCUCCUUAAAAAGAAUUCCAUUAUUUUUUGAACAACACUCCCCGUAGGAUUUUUGAACGUUUUUCUUUUGUUUUGUGAAAAUCCAUCGAGCUAACGGGGGCUGUACAUCGUCAGCUGCUUCUUUUAUUGUUUUUUUUUUUUUUUUUAGUAUUCUUGCGCCGUAUAACUUUCCUCUUUGCAAAGUGUCAUUUCCAUUUGGCCGUUGGCCUCGUGUCUGCGUGCGUCGUGUCCUACACUCUCCAAAAAAAACCAGCACCUUUGCUCCCUGACGUUACUACUACACCGCUGGGCUGGUGUACAUCCCCCGCUACUUGACGUGCCACUUCAUCACUAUCGGAUGUACAUAGCGAGUGAACUGGACCAGCUGACUCGACCAUCGUAUUAUUGAAUUGCGCAACAACUUUAAAAGAAGAAGUGAACGUUUUCAAUCUUUUUGUGUUGUGUGUGUGUGACAGUUGCAGUGUCCGGCCCGACUUUCAUUUAUCUGUUUGUGUGUUUGCUGCUUCAAUGGUCCGUCUACGAAUUUCGACAAUAACUUCAUCACAGUGGGUGAAAAAUUGUCCGUCAGGCCAGCAGCGACUCGACACGACAAUUGAAACGUCCUGAAAGUUUUUUUUUUUUUCUUUUUUUUUUUCUAUUUCUACUUCCUUCCGGCCGGAAGGAUGAUGAUUUUCUACCUAACAUUUUGGCUCCAUUUUCACGCUUCGUUAGCGUUGAAGAUUGUUGGCGUCGUGGUGCCGUCGGAGGUUAUAGCCGGCCGGGACGCUCUGCUCCAAUGCCAUUACGAUCUGGAAGGAAGCUCUUUGUACGCGCUCAAAUGGUACAAGGGAUCGCACGAGUUCUAUCGGUUCAUCUUGAAGGAAGUGCCGCCCGUCCAGACAUUCCCUUGGAGUUCCAGCAUCACCAUCCACCACGAAGAGACGCGCAGCCGGUUGUUCGCUGCUCCAUUGGCCGGAAGGGUUUUGUUGCGGAACGUCACUGCGUCGGCCGAAGGAGUUUACAAAUGCGAAGUAUCGACGGAAGCUCCUUAUUUCGACACAGACUACGAGGAGGCUAAUCUUUCCGUCAUUGAGGUGGCAAGCGAGAAUCCGAUUAUCAGCUGGGUGCAGGGCCGUCCCGAUUGGGAGUACGACGACGUCUUUCACUUCAAGUGUUCCAUGAAUGGCACUCGGCCGGCCAGCCGACUCUCUUGGCUCUUCAACGGCCAACCGGUUCCAUUGUCGAUGGUUGAACCUUACGAUCCUGUGCUCAUUAAAAGCGAGUCUGCCGUGCGCUACUACAGCGCCCAGCUGGGGCUGCGCUUCAAGAUGGAGCCGCAUCUCUUGCUCUCUGCCGCCCACGUCGAUCGCUUUGAGGUGACGUGCGUCAGUCGCGUAGGUUUGCGGAAGGGCGGCGGCGGUGGUGGCAGCAGCAGCAGCAGUGACGCCCUCAUCGAAGGGCGCGCCAAGUGGCUGGUGCAACGUCCCGCCGCUGCCACGACGGGCAUCCGCUUGCAAGCGGCUCCUGUCGCCGGAUCGACUGUCGAUAAUUGGCCGGCGGAAAACGAUGACGACGUGGGCGGUGGAGGACGCGUCAAAGAAGAAGAUGAUGAUGACAUGCGACUUGGCAACAAGCAACAACAUCAAGAGGAUGAAAUAGUUUCGCUCGAAGCUGACGACGCCAAUGCUCAAUCCGAUUCCGAGAAUCCGUCGCGUCGCACUCAACCCGUUGUCGGAUCGCAUCCAGGACGGGUCGAUAACAAAAGCAGCGCCGUCAAUAGUGGCAACAAGAUGAAAGGACCACUCGCAAGGCUGCACCUGUUCUCCUCGACAUCUGGCAUCUUGAUAAUCCUCGUUUUAACGCUUGCCUGACACGAGCUUUUGAUGUGUAUACCUCGGAAAAAAACAAAAAAAAAAUAAAACACAAAAAAUCUAUUUAAACGUGUGGCGAAUGGCCGAAAAAAAAAGAAGAGUUGGACGUGAUGAAUAG